AUUUUCUGAACUUCCGGUAACUUUAGAAAAAAAAAGUUAAAACCUCCUAAAAGCAAAUUAUGAAAGAGUCAACCAUUCCAUUGAUAUAACCUGUCACCUAUUUAUUACAGACUAGCAUAAAACUUGCUAUGAACAGCUACAGAAAAAUGAGUGCCUGGAUGGGAAAUAUAAAAUUUUUGUACAGCUUUCAAAAUUAUUACAAACAUCGUUGGAAAUUCUCAAAGGGGGACAAUCUUUACACUUCACUGCUCUCAGUAUCAUUAAUCGUGUCAUGGAUAUAUGUAUUGUACAUAAGAAUUAUGAAAUAUCUGCCAUUUAUUCACCAACUGUUGACUGUGUAAAUAUUUCUGGUAUUGAUGUCCAGAGAAGUCCGAAACAUUCAUCGUGUCCUACUGGUGUAAAUAUUCCAGAUGAACCCAGCAAUCAUUCAAGUAGUGCUUUUACUAGAAUAUCAUCAUCAGCGCAUUGUAAAAAAUCAAACUCCAGUUCUAAUGAGAACAGUCAGGAAAAGUCAGAUGACGAUGUUGAGUGUAAAAAGUCAUCAAAUAUUAAAAAACUACCACUGACCAUCUUAACUCAAACGGAUCCUAGUCAAAUACUCAGUGUGUUACACAACAACAUUACCAUGCAUAAGAGAAUCAUUGGUACUCGUCAAAAGUGUACUCCAAGUACUAGAUGGCGACACUGUACUCAUCACUGUCUUCAGAUUCUUAGCGCAAGGAUUUUGGCUAUUAUGAGUCAUGGACAUCAAGUUCAAAAUCGUAUUGUAACAGAUGGACAUUUGAAGACUUUGGUGGAAGCCUUAGAUCCAAACCAUGAUCCUCACCUGCUGUGCCUUCUCCUCCAAUCAUUAGCCUCUAUAGCCCUAAAUCCUAACAACCAUCAACCUCUCAAUGAUGUAGAUAUAUCUGAUAUGCUGAUGCAGUUACUCCUCCCCUCAGAUGAAUGGUACUACACUAACCAUAGUACUAAGUAUGCCAAAUAUGUGAAGUACCAUGCUGCUAGAAUUCUGGUCUACAUGGGCCUACUACAUAAACUUGGCGGUAGAGUAGACUUGUUUGACAGGAAGCCAUUUGAAGAGAAUGAAUUAACUAGCCAUCUUAAUGUUCACUCUCCUGAAGACAGUUUUAUAGAGCUCAUGGCCAUGGGACGUGCCAAAAUGUGGAACAGUAGAAACCACCUUCAAGCUGCUUCUUUAGAGGGUCUGGUUGCUGAACUCAUUCAGGAAGCUGUGAUAGAAGAGAGCCAUGACGAUAUUUCUGCCUUAAAUUACCAGUUGUCUUCCUCCGUGGAUCACCUCCCCCGUCAUCCAGCCAAUCACAUCUUGUCGCCUGUAAUCUCACCAAAUUGCUCAUUGGAAUGUAUAGUUGACACUUAUUCAAAACCAUUUUGUGAAGUUUUGUUAAUGGGACUACCAAUGAUUGUUCAUCCAAUUAUAAUUUUACGUCUGCUUGCUCACAAACUGUUUGGGAACAUGAUCAGAAGAAAAUCGUUAUAUGCUGAAACCAAGUUAAAACCACCAAAGCCCACUAAUAUUGGUCAGAUAGACAUGUGUCCACCACGUUCAUUACACCAUCAUAAUGAACCGCCAAAACAUGAACCAGAAGUUAAAAAGGAAAGUUUAAAAAAGAGAAAAUCAAAUCCCAGAGAUUCAGACAUGGAUUCACAAUCAUCAUUAUGUGCUGAAAAAGAAUUUACAAAACACAAUGGCAUUUACUCUAAAAAUGGAAACACCUCAUUAGCAUUACGAGCAAUGGGUCAUAGUUUAGCUAAUCCAUUUGAAUCAAGUAUUCCAAUUAAUCAGCAGAAGAGUGACAGAAAGGGUAGCUUCCUUGAAGAAAGUCACCACAAAGGCCAUCAUCCUGCCCAUAUUUUUGCCUGGCAGCAUAGACAUUUAUUAUCUAAAUCACAGGGUAAUGUUGCCAUAGAUAGUUCAGAAACACUUCCGCUCAAAGAUGACGAUACUGAUAGUUCAAGUUCUUCGUCAGUAACCACAUCAGAUGUUGAUAUUAUGGCAUUCCAAAGGGAACUUAUUAAUCUUCCAACGUUUGUGAUGGACACACCAUCAGAUGUUUCGCCUGUUUUUUCUAGGUCAAGUUCUGUUCCAGAUAAUCUUGCCUCUCGUUCCAGUAUAACUGACCCAGUACCUGGAAUUAGUUCAGACAUUCUGCACCGGGAAAGGGGAGGUUCAGACCAUGAGGUUUAUAAAGUGCCAAACUCACCAUCAUUUGUGACAAUUCAUACACCGGACAAAUUACAUUUUAAUUUAAUAGGCGAUUCGUCAACUGAUCCAAAAGAGAAUGCAUUGUCUAACAUUGUUGUAAGAUUUGAGCCUCCGCCAUCGCCCAUAUCUAGUGCUAGUCAGAGUCCACAAAAUUUUGAUUUUCCAGCGCCAUUUGACAUAUCAAAAUUAGGUGAACUAUCAAAAUUAACUGUUGCCACUGACAAGGGAGUUAAUACUUCAGCUAGUGGCAGUCAUUUGAUGCCAUCACCCACGACCUCUGUCACGUCAUCAACCACAACAGGUCACUCCAACACUUCACCUUGGUCACCAACGGCAACCACAACUCAUUCAUUUGUUCAUUCAGAAAUUCCAAGAAACCACCGUGGGGUGCUAAAAGUGAUAGAAACUUGGAUUAAUGUAUGCAGUAAUGAUUUAGACUGCAGUAAUUUAAUUGUGCAUGAGAUGAGAGAUUUCCUGCGUAAACUGUCAGUAUUGGGACAUGAUUAUAAAGCUUGGUGUCACAAAAUUGGUGCUUUGUUACAUUUAGAGGAAAAAAGUGUUGCAAAACAGAGGACAGAAAAUACAGAUGACCCAGAGUAUAUUAAAGCCAUGUACAAAAAGCUUCAGAAAUUGGUUGUGAGUGGAGAACUUCCAUGUACCAAAGAGGAAGCAGCUACUUUAGCCAGUAUCCAGCUACAUAUUGAAGAAGCUUGGCCAGAAAAUGAGGCACAAGCAAACAUUAAAGAAAUUCAUCAGAAACUACAAUUCAGAAUUAACGACCCACAAGAAAAUCUACGUCGUAGAAAGGAACUUAUACGUAGCAAAUGUGCCAGCCGAAUAACAAGUACUCGGAGGAGUAAAGGUAGAAUCAUCCGACAGUUGACCUGUAUUAGCGACAAUGAGGUGGAUUCUAAUGGUGAAAUUGAUCUGACCAAGUACCUUCCUCCAGAUUUAGUAUCCUCCAAAAAGAUAGGAUGGCUGAUACAGGAAAAACAGAAGAAGCUAUGGCACACACCUCAUUAUGACAGUGAAAUCAAGUUAAAACAGCACUAUAUAAAGAUUUGUAAAAACUUACCUGCUCAUGGCUGUAAACUUUACCAAGUCAAAGAAUUACUCAGAGGAAAUGCUCAGAAAAAGAUUACAAGAAUGUUUGGGGUUGGCACUGACAGAGUUGUCCUUCUUGACAACAAAUCCAAAAUUCUGGCCAAGUCACAUAGUAUUAAAGAGUUACAAGAUUUUAAUCCAGGCAGUGGGAAAUAUCACGAUGGACUUGACUUAGAAUUCAGGGGAAGUAAGCCAUGGAAUCUUACAAUGUCCUCAUUAGAAAAUCUGAAGUCUGUGACAGCCGUAUUAUGGGAUGCCUUAGACAUGGAUGGUAGAUAUCUCAAUAAUGGGACUUUACGUAGAGAUAGUUUUGACUUCGAUUUCCAUUGUAAACCUUCACUUUUACGACCAGCCAUCCAUGGAGGCUCUCGGUACUCAAAGGAAUUAGAACAUCUCAGAAAGAGGCUACAUUUCCCAGAAGAAGUUGCUAUCAUGUUAACCAAUGUGGAACAUGGCUUGUUUAACAGUAUUUUACCGUCACACUACAUUCGACAGGUUACUACUGACCUGACACGUGGAUCUGUUGUCAACAGGAAGAACUCCAGUGUGGAAGAUCUCAUACAGAGAUUUAAUGAGGUUAGUUCCUGGGUUACACAACUGAUCAUCACUCAGCCUACAUUUGAGAACAGAAAAGCUAUUUUGUCAUGUAUCCUCAGACUUGCUUUCUAUUGUUGGUGUAUUGGUAACUUCAACACAACCAUGGAAAUUGUGGCCGGACUCAAAUCAGAAAAACUGAGACCUUUUUGGUUGUCCAUACCUGAAGAAGAUUUGUCCACACUUCAUUUCCUAGUCUCUGCUUUGUUGACCAGACAAAUGACCAAUGAAUACAAAGAAGCUCUGAGUCGAUCUCUUGAUAUCCCAGAAUGCAAAGUUGUACCAUUUUUCGGAGGAUUCUUGAGAGAUUUACGUGCAUUGUUUAUAACGCUUCCAAGUGUGAUUGUGUUGCCUGCUGAAGAAAACCAGUCCCUCGAGUUUAUAUCUGACUACAAUGGGGAAGAUAGAUUCAUGACAAGGAUUGGAGUCGGAGGUCUACUGAAUAUGGAUAAGCUAAAACAAGCUCAUAUUGUUUUAAGUGAUAUAGCUUUAUUUCAUAGCCACGGUCAGAGGAGAAGAGAAGAAGACUGUCAGAGUAUGGAGGCUUUUGAGGAAUAUGAUAAUGAUUGUGAAAGUGAUUAUGACCUUGACCUUGAUUCUUAUCAGCCAAUAAAGGAAAUUUCGGCAGACCAUGAGUUCAUGUUAAUAACUAGAAAAAUGGCUAAAAUAGAUUCUCAAACGUUACAGAGCUUACACCACGGAACAACCGUUGUAAGAGUGGAGGAAGACAGUAAUAGGUCAUGCAUGUGCUACCUCAAACUGGAAAUUGACAAUUCGACCUUGACUUGGAGGAAACAGUCAUGGAGUUCUCUCAGUGCAAGCUCUUCAACAUAUCCAGACUUUGCUUUAAAAGGUGAAUCUGAUUCCAGUUCAACACAGGUUUUAUGUAUGAGGUAUUCAGGUGGUGAAGAUGUUUAUGAGACUUUGGAAGAGGGUUUUAUAGAUUUACGUCUAGUCAAAGAAGUUUCAAGGAAAAAUGACUUAACUAUGAAUGAUCUUGGAAUCAUUAUGAAAAGACAUAGCAUGGAAAAUUUGGAUUCUCAGAAAAAUGUCAUAUCAAUUCUAUACGGUGCCAGUUACUCAGAAAAUCGUAAAAUUUACUUUGUUGUUCCCAAAUUCACUUGUAGAAUGUGGUACUCAGGUUUAGUACGUUUAGUCAGAGCAGCCAGACGACUUUCAUGGCAGACAGAUAAACGUGUACAAUGUUUGAAAGUACAGUAUUUACAAUUGUUUUAUGAGAAUGAGAAAUGUCUAGGACCAACUCCUGCUGAGGCCAUCAAGGUAUUUGGAGGUCGUCACUGGUCAGCUAGACCCCAGACCACUUCUGGCUCACAAGAUCUCACACCAUCUUCUUCCAAGUGGACACCUAAUGUUGGACCAUUUAAGAAGAAAAACAGUAGUUUCUCAUCAUCUAAGAGUGUAGAAUUAGAUGGUCAAGGCUCAAGAAGGUCCAGUGGAUACAUUACAACCUCCAAGGAAUCUAGUCCAAAACUAGCAGGCAGUAGUGCAAUAAAUGACAAACACUCAGGGAUGUCUAAAUCAUUUGAAACCGGUAUACCCAAGUCUCUCGCAGCUAGUGACCAAAACCUGGAUAAACUGUUGAAAAACGAUAAUGGUGAAAGGCCACGUAGUCUCACAUUCAGUUUUACAAAUUGUUAUCGUAACAAGCGAAGACGUAUGUCUCUUGGAAUUCAUUCAAUGGAGAACAAAACAAGCUCAAUAACACAUUCCAUUCAGCUGACAUUCCUGGAUUUCGUUGAUUUGUUUAAAGCUUUUAGUUUACGAUGUCGGAGAGAUUUGAAAGAUUUGUUUGAAGAAUUUGCGUUGUCGUGUAAACCUAGCGGAAAAGAUCCACCUGCUGUUCGACCGCCUGGAUAUGCUCCACCCCCUGGGGAUUACUGUGUGAUUACAAGAAACAGUUCAUAUGAGUUAUCACAAGACAACAUACAGAGACAUAAGAUAUGUGAUGCCAUUGCUGUAGCGAGUAUAGGACCAAACUGUGCAGGAGUUGAGAGCACACAGAAUCGCUGUCUUAGUCUUAAGGAAUUCAAAGAAUUUUUAGAAGAAUACCAAGAUCAACAUCUUCAUGAUGAAGAAAUCAUACACCUUAUUCAGCAACAUGAAGCAGACCCAGUAUUACGUAACAAUAACUGCUUGUCAUUUGAAGGAUUUGCUCGGUUUUUGAUGGACAAGGAUAACUACGCCUAUAUCUACGAGAAAACCAGACACAAUGACGAGGAUAUGGAACAACCACUGUCUCAUUACUACAUAGCCUCAUCUCAUAAUACAUAUCUAACAGGGCACCAGUUAACUGGAGAGUCUUCACCAGAACUGUAUAGCCAGGUGUUAUUACUAGGUUGUCGGUGUGUAGAGUUGGACUGUUGGGAUGGAGAUGAUGGGUGGCCUAUUAUUUACCAUGGUCACACUCUAACCACCAAGAUACAGUUUAAAGCAGCUGUAGAGGCUAUCAAUAAAAGUGCCUUUGUGACGUCUCCCUACCCUGUUAUCUUGUCUAUAGAGAACCACUGUUCUGUCCCACAACAACAGAAGAUGGCCAAAAUAUUUAAUGAAGUUUUUGGAGAGAGACUUGUUACCAGUUUUUUGUUUGAAAGUGAUUUCUGUGAAGACCCCCAGUUACCUUCACCCAAUCAACUGAAAUACAAGAUAUUAAUAAAGAACAAGAAAGCUAGAGACCAGGAAGGCUUUCCUUUGAAAAAGGUAUCUUCAUGUCCAAGAACCAACAGUAUGGCGUCUACAGACUUUGAUGACGAUGAUGUUGAUGAUGAUGAAGAUGACGAAGAGGAGAUAACUGAUGUAAAGGAACAGCUUCGUACAUCUGUUGAUAGCCAAGACAGUCAAGCUGGGGACCAGGAAGAUUCUAGAGGAAGGAGCAGUACACCUUCUGAUUAUCAGGGGAGACCUUCUUCUGGAUCUUUCAGUGAGAGAACAGAAAGAAGUUCAAGGAUCCAGUCAGAACUAGUUGACUGGCAGUUUGUUGAUGAUCCCUACGACCCUAAAACUCCCAAUAAAUCCAAGCAAAAGAAAACCAGUCAAAUUGCCAAAGAGUUGUCAGAUCUUGUUGUGUAUUUCCAGGCAAUAAAGUUCAGAGGGUUAACCAUCAGUCCCAAUACCUCACUAAAGAAGAAAGGAAUCAGAAGAAGUGCCAUUCUAACAAGUAAUCCAAGUACACCUACCACUCUGUCAGAGAAGAGCGAAGUGAGUGUGUCUUCAAAUAUGAUUCGACAGAGACGACCAGACAGUGUUCCUCCAUGUUACCAGGUGUCAUCACUUAAUGAAGGCAAAGCCAGGACACUGUGUAGACGUAGUCCAAUUGGUGUUAUCAAUCAUACUGAGAAGCAGCUGAUGAGAACAUACCCAUCAGGCAUGAGAAUUGACUCAUCCAACUUUAAUCCUGUCAUUUUCUGGGCUUUCGGUCUCCAGAUGGUAGCACUCAAUUAUCAAACUGAAGACAGAGCAAUGGCCCUGAACACAGCCAUGUUUGAACAGAAUGGUCAGAGUGGAUAUGUUUUGAAGCCAGCUGUCAUGUGGGAUAAAAGUCACAUGAUGUACAAUCAUUUUAAUCCAAUGGACAAAGAGUUUGAUGGAUUACAUGCUACUUUACUUACUUUACGGGUUAUAUCAGGACAAUACAUAAGUAGCAUCCAUACAGCCAGUACUUAUGUGGAAGUGGAAAUUAUAGGAAUACCUGUGGAUUGUGCCAAACAUAAGACUAAUGUGGCCUCCAGAAACUCUUUGAAUCCAAUCUGGAAUGAUACCUUUACUUUUCAGAUAAUGUUCCAUGACUUGGCUUUCAUCAGAUUUGUAGUGAUAGAUGCCAGCACCAAUCAUAUCCUCUCUCAGAGAAUUAUACCACUUAGGUGUCUGAGACCAGGUUACAGACAUGUGAGAUUAAGAAAUGCCAGUAACAAGCCAUUAGAACUUGCCACUUUGUUCAUCUGCUCUAAACAUGAGGAAGAACUUUUAGACAUGUGUAGUGGGGAAAACAAUAAUGAAUAUAUGGUGGAUUAUUCAUCAGCCAAACGAAGGUCAUUUGCCAAGGUCAAAGAUUCGUCUGAAGGUGGAAGAGAUUUACUAGUACCAGUUAACGUUGGAGCUAGGAAGAGAAGAAUGUUUUUCAUCAGUGUUUACGGAGUUAAUGACCCUGAUGAGUAUGUCAUCCUGAAGGUCACACAAGAUACAUCAGUAUAUGACGCCAUUGCUCAGGCAUUGAGUAAGGCUGGAAAGGUUGAUGAUAUUAUAACAAACUAUGUUUUGGUGGAAGAUGUCCAGAGUGGAUGGGAGAAAAAGGAACAAGAAAGAGCAAGUGAACAGAGAAUACUGGAUAUGACUGAGAAAGUCUUACAGGCUCAGAAUAGAUGGACUGGAGCAGGGAAGUUUAUUCUUAGGAAAGUCAGUGAUGAUCCUAGCAGUAGAGCUUGGAUUACAACCAUGCUAUCCAGGGAACGACAGAGAAUAAAAUGUGAGAAUGAUGCUGCUGAUUGGGAGAGUGUGGAACAAGUUUUUAUUGUCUGUGUAUAUAAUGUAGCACCAGAUCAACCAUACACAAUAUUCAAGGCACCAAUAUCCAGUUCAGCUCAAGAUAUCAUUACACAGGCCAUGAUGAAAGCCCACAGAUCAGAUCCUGAAAACCUAAGAAAGUUUGUAUUAGUAGAAGAGGUAGAAUGUCCUAGCAGUGAAACACAGAGUCCACAUGCCAGGCGACACAGCACUGACCACCCAGACAGACGCAUUCUAGAUGAUGAUGAAAAUGUUUACCUAGCUCAGAGAGAAUGGAAAACAAAUGGAAAAUUUAUUAUUAUGGACAAAAGUCAAGCAGAGCAUGAUAUUAUACAUAUUGAGAGAAAAAAGAAAGGAUCAUCAAAGAGUGGUCCAUCUAAAGGAGGAACAAGUAAAGUCCAACCAAAGAAAAAAUCCACCAAGAAUCAGUCUCCUGAUAAAACUGAGACAAGUACCGGUACCAAGUUACCCACAGCAUCUGGUGCAUGGCAAGGAAGUCCUUCAUCUCAGUCAGGAUCUACUCUGAAGAGACUGUCGGCCAAGUUUUCACACAAGCUUAGCAAAUGAAAGACCAUAAAGAGAACCUUUAACUCAUAAGUCUUGGGUUACUACACCCAAUAAUUACAUCAGGAUAUUUUGAAGAUCAGAUGUAGAACUUGGAAUUUUUAUUGCAGGAAUAUUGUUACAUUUUUAUUCUAAUUUUGCAUGAAAGAUCAGAAAUGCCAUUAGUAAUGCAGUGAAAAUGUUAUUUAUAUUUGCUGCUUAUUUUACAUAAAAAAAAUCCAAGAAAAUCUGCUGAACAAGAUUUACAUAUAUGGACCAUUUGAAGUACAGAAGUGACAAUGAUAAGGGUAUUGUAAUGAUUUUUAUACAAUUCAAAGGUCACCAGUUUAAACAUUGAGACAUUUAUGUGAAUUCAGAUUAUGAAAGUGAGAAUUUACAUAUUUUGUAUGUUUGUGUUAUCAUAAUUGGUGUAAAUUCCAUUCAUUGUCAUAAAGACAUCAUCUAUUAAUGACACAUGCUAUUUUGAAUCGAGUUUAUCAUGAAUGGUUUGUUGGUGCAGUUAAAGGGAGAUAAUUUAAGUUUUGUAGAUUAAAUUAUCUCCCUUCAUCAACACUGUAAAAUAUAAACUUUACAAUUUAAUGCUUGAGCAUGCAUUAUUUUAAGAUAUCACAAAAAGAUCUCUAUUUAAAGUGCAUAUCUGCUCUUUUAUUUAAUUGUGUAACAGAUGUUGCCAUUUUUAGGUCAAUUGAGACAUUGAAUAACUGUGUAUUUGGACAAUAAAAGUGUUAUUGUGUAAAUGCUUAAGUGAAAGAAUAUGUGUGAUAUAAAUCAGUUGACUAUACGAGGAGAUUGUUAUACUAUAGAUAUAAUUGUUUUAGAUGUAAAACAUACUUUGUUUAAAACCUAUAUGUGCUAUUGAAGUAAAUGUUCAAAGGAAACCAUUAAAUGCAUGUAAUUUUUGAAACAAAGGCAUUGAAAUCUCACCAAGAAACCUAAUUGUAAGGUAUUUUGUUACCAUAUUUUUACCCUAAAAGCCACAAAUACGGUACACUGGAUAUUUAUUACUUUUUUUAAAUUAUACUUUUAUCAGUUUGUAAAAUAACUAAUUUAUUGUGAACUGUUCAAAGAAUUGAUAAGUUUACAACCCAUAUAGCAAUUGGCCAAGAAAAUGAGAAAAAUUAAAGACAGACCAUAAUUGGGUGCUACAAAAUUAAGAAAAAAGGAAAAAUGAGAAAAAAAGAGUUAUCAAAAGAUCAUAAGAAUUGCAAUAUUUAGGCUAAGGAUUAAAUUUGCACUACAUUUUGGUAUUGUAGUUAUCACAAUUAAAACUUUUAUGUUUUUUACAAAUCUCAAAAUAAAUAGUAACUGUAUUUAAGUUGUAAAAUAGAAUUCAACAAAAAAGAAGGUUUUGUUUGUAUCUAAGCUAGGCAGAUAUUGAUGUUGUAACAAACACAAAUCUAUAUUGAUUAUUUUUGUGUAGGAUUUUUUAUGUAAAACAAUUUGUAAAGUAGAUCCUAGCUAUUAUGUUUGCUGAAGUAUGUUUGAAUCCCACACAAAUAGAAUGAAUAAAACAUAAAGAAUUAACUUGUUAGUAGAGCAUUACAGCCUAAGCUGUGUAUGUGUUAACCCUUUUUUUUUUGCAAUGAUCAGUUCUUCCUAAAGUUUAAAACUUGUAAGUUAUUGAAAUGACCAGUUGAAUGACCUUGAUUCAUAUUUUCUGUGAAACUUGAGUUUGUUUUUAGUAACUCAUCUUUUGUAUAUAGCUCUCCAAUCAAUUAGGACAGAAUUGAGAACUUGCAAGAAAAUUGGUUAAUACAUGUAUAGCCGUAAAAGGUAAAAACUUGUAUGGAUUAUGCUGUAGAAUAGACAGGUGUUGAUAUAUUAGUUGCCAAUGUCAAAUUGUAUAAAUUAAUUUAACCAACCUUAGUAAAUCAAAAUGUUGAUAAAUGUUAUAAGCCAUUUGUGUUUAUCAUUUGCUUUCAAAUGUUAUUGUGAUUUUAUCAAUGUUAUUGUGAAUUUUUGUUGAUUUUUACAGUUAAAAAAGAUAUUUUUACCAUUCCAAAGGAACAAAAAUAAAAUUAUUUAUUUGUGU